AUGGAUAUAACAAAACAGUUGACCUAUGGGUUGAAUCUAAGAAAACACUUGGAAUCUAACCUAAUGAGUUUGAAGAAGGAGAAUCUUAAGCCAUUAAGAAACAUUUUAAACAUUAACAAAUAUAAAAACUCGGAAUGUGAUGAAAUAAGGGGUGAAAAAAAGAAAAAUAUAAAAAAAAGUGAAUCCAUAAAAUUUCCCAAAUUCUGCUCAGACCCCAAUUUGGUUAGUAGUUAUAUGAAGGAGAAUGAGAUAAAUAUCGAGUACGUUAAUUUUAGUGGGAAAAUUGAUCCCAUUAGAUUUUUCGAAGAUAUUGUGGAAAUUAAACAGAUUGGAAUCGGUUUCAGAAGUAGUGGUGAGGAAGGAACAAUCGUUAGUGAAGAUAACAAUGGACAGAGAUCACAAAACAAAUCUGAAGGCGGAAAUGAAAAAAAUUCGCUAGAAGAAACUCGACAUAAUGCACCAACUCUGGAAUUGGUGCAGGGGAAAACAACAAAGCAGCAAAAGCAACAUAUUGAAAAUACUACUUUACAAAGGACUGAUUAUGAUAAAUUAUUUCACACUAUUAAGGAAACUUUUGGAUUUAAAAAACCCACGAAAAUUCAAAAGAUUUGCAUUCCCACCAUUAUAAGCGGAUGUAACACUAUAUGUAUUUCUCAAACGGGAAGUGGAAAAACAUGCGCAUUUCUGAUUCCACUUUUGAUUAUUCUAAAGUUAGGCAGUUUGAAGACUGAAUGGAAGGAGGUUACCGUUUCUUUGGGGAUUAAGAAAGAGGGUUCAGUAGAUGUACUGACCCAGGGGGUCGAGAGUAAAUUUACUGGAGUCGAGAAUAAAUUUACUGAAGUCGAGAAUAAAUCUACUGGAGUCGAGAAUAAAUCUACUGGAGUCGAGAAUAAUUCCUGUUUUUUCAUUCGAAGUCUUAUUGUUGUACCGACGAAUGAACUGGCCCGUCAAAUAUAUGAUCAAUCGUUGAUUUUGUUCGAGGGCUUUCCAGAAUUUAGGGUUCUACAUCUGACACGGGAAGAUGAAGUGAAAGAGCACAUAGAUGUAUCUGUUUGCACACCGUUAAUACUUCUCCAUUUGAUUGAAAAAAAAAGGGUGAGUUUAUCAAAAUGUAUUUUCAUAGUUUUCGAUGAAGUGGAUAAGCUAUUUGAAGUGAAUUUUUUAAGUCAUGUAAAUAAUUUACUUCAAGAAAUUCAAAAUAAAAAAAUGCAGAAGAUAUUUACCACAGCUACAAUGCCUGGUUGUACUCGAUCCUUUAUAAGCACACUUUGCACAAAUUAUGCUGUAGUUUACUUUGGUCAGAAUAUAAAUAUGAUCAAUAGAAAUGUGAAGCAGGAACUUGUGUAUGUAAAUAAUGAGGAGGAGAAGACCAUGGUCUUGAGGAAUUUAAUUAGGAGUGGAGGAAUCCACAUCCCUGUGUUGAUAUUUGUUGAUGGGAUUGCAAAGGCAAAAAUGGUGUACACGAAUUUGUGCAGAAGUGGCAUUGGCAGAGGUGGAGACGGCGGGGAGAGGGAGAAGAUUCUUCAUAUCGCUAUGCUAACAUCAGAAAAAACAAAAGAAGAAAGGAAAAAAAUUUUCCAAGAACUUCGGGAAGGACGUAUAUGGUACCUAGUAUGCACAGAUAUCAUGAGCAGAGGAAUAGACAUCCAUGGGAUCGAAACAGUAAUCAAUUAUGAUGUAUGUUAUGAUAAAUAUAAUUAUAUACAUCGUGUAGGAAGAGCAUGUAGAUCAGAUAAAGGAGAAUUUGGAAAGGCCAUAACUCUCUUUACCCAUCAGAAUGUAAAGUAUAUGAAGGACAUUGUCAAAUUUGUCAAGAGCAGUGGUACACGUGUGCCUUCAUACUUGGAAAAUUUCCCCUUCAAACGUGGGCGGAAGUUUGGAUUUUAUGCAGCGAAGAAGAAGGGAUCCAGGGGGGGGGGGAGGAGGGCGUAG